UUUCACUUCCUGAUUACAGUGAUACUAAGUGUUAACCAUGGCGGCAGUGCCAGCUCAGAAUCUCCGGGUGUCCGAGAUCCGGGAUCCAGGUUCGCUGUUUGAGCGGUACAGUGUUGAGGAGAUCCGUGGCAUUGAAAGGCGGGUGCGAGCGGAGAUCGAACAGAAGAAGGAAGAGUUGAGGCAAAUGGUUGGUGAGCGGUACCGGGAUCUGAUUGAAGCAGCUGAUACUAUCUGGGAGAUGAGACAGAGUUCAGAACAGGUGGUACAGGCCAUGCAGGAGAUGUACCAGUACUGUAGCAGUCUUAGGACUCAGUCUAAGGGAGCUCCUGCCUUCGAAAAGAAAGUUGAAAAUACAUUGAGCCAACCAAAGCACCAAGAAAAGUUCUACAGUACGGCGGCUCAAAUCAAACUGCUGCUGGACAUCCCAGAGAGGAUCUGGAGCUCCAUAGAAAGCCAUCAGUACCUGCAAGCCACCCAACUGUACCUUCUCUGCUGUCAUCUGCACAGUCUGCUGCAGCUCGACUCUACAUCCUCCCGCUAUAGCCCUAUCCUGCUUCGCUUCCCAAUUCUUGUACGUCAGGUGGCAGCUGCCGGUCACUUCCGGUCAACAAUCCUCCAGGAGAGCAAGUCACUGCUAAAAGGACGAGCCGUCUCUGACCAGGCCAUUGCUGAAGGCUUGUGUUCCAUGAUGCUGCUGGAGGGCAGUUCUCCAAGACAGGCUCUUGCUGACUUCCUGCUUGCUAGAAAAGCUGCUGUGCAGCAGCUGCUCAACCAGCCACACCACAAUGCUGGGAUUAAAGCACAGGUGUGCUCACUUGUAGAACUGUUGGCCACCACUCUGUACCAGGCUCAUGUUCUGUUUUACACUCUACCUGAAGGUGUAAUUCCAGAUACAACCCUGGGUUGCGGCUUGCUUUUCAGUACCCUAGAAUCUGUCACUGGACGGUUAGCACCAGGUAAAGGGAUCCAAGUUCUAAAAGAUGAGCUGAAUACAGUCAGCUGGGUCAGGCAUUUGCCACCAUCCGUGAUGGAGUUCCAGCCAACACUGAGAACACUUGCUCACCCAAUAAGCCAGGAAUAUUUAAGAGACACACUUCAGCAGUGGAUUGACAUGUGCAAGGAGGACAUUAAAGUCGGCAUUGGGAACUUGCUGGUUUAUGUGAAGAGCUUUAAGGGCCUGGCUGCUAUUCGAGAUGCAGUGUGGGAGCUUCUUACCAAUGACUCUGUUAGCCAGAGUUGGGAAGUUGUAUGUCGUAGGCUUUUGGACAAGAAUAUCUCAUUUUGGGAUGAUUUCCUGCAGCAACUUUUCCUGGACAGGUUAGAGGCCCUGACUAAAGAAGGCUUAGAGUCCAUAUCCAGAAGUUCUAAACAACUCCUGAUUUCCGCACUUCAAGAAUUAGAAAACUUGACCAGCUCUGGUGGUGGUACAGGCAAGAAUAUUCAUUUUGAACACAAUGUUGCCUCAUUCUUGUGGAUGGAAGGCACCAAUGACCUGCUUCCAGACACUGCCUGGGUCAGUGUUGCUAGUCGCAGCCAGUUUGUGAAAACAGGACUUUCCAUGAAAGCUCAAGCCUUAACACCAUGCAUUCAAAACUUUUGCACUGCUUUAGACUUGAAACUUAAAGCCCAGUUAAAUGAUCUUCUUUCCUACCUUCCUCCAGAUCUUUCAACUAAAGAAACUUCUGAAAUCAUGGAGAUUCCUAUAAAACAUGCUGCUUUUGACAGGUACUCAGAUGCUAGUACUGUAGAAGAAAUGCUUCGGAGUCACUGUGUAUCUUGUGUACAUAACAUCCUGGAUUGUGUUAAAGCAGAACUGAGAACUGCAGAAAGCAAGAUAUUGGGGCAUAAGUGUGCUCUUAACAGUUGCAAUCUGGUGUCUGUUCUCUACAUGGCCAGGCUGUGCCAGUCCUUGGGAGAGCUAUGCCCACAUCUGAAGCAAUGUAUUUUGGGUCAAUCUGGUAAUGUUGACCUGGUAGUCAAAGAGUCUCGCAUCAGCAAAAAAGUGGGGAAGGGAAAGGUAAAAGAGGUAAACCCUGCCCAAGCUAAGUGGCAGGAAGUGAAGGAACAUUUGUUGCAACAAAGUUUGGCAGCCUACCGUAUAUGGAGCACCACUGUGUCCAAGGUCUUGUUUUGCAGUUUUACCCAGACACUACUUUCAGAUACAGCAGGGUCGGUUCUUUCUAAUGCUACUCAUUGGGAUGAAAUAGAAAUCCAGGAAGAAACAGAGUCAGGAAACACUGUAACAUCUAAAAUCCGACUUCCAAUACAGCCAUCAUGGUAUGCUCAGUUAAUUCUCUUUAGUCUUUGUCAGGAAGUAAACCGAGUUGGAGGUCAUGCCUUGCCAAAGGUCACAUUGCAGGAGCUUCUGAAGAGCAACUUGGAGGAGAUGAUUGCUGGGUAUGAACAGGUCACUACAGUGGUACAAGAAAAGAAGGAAAAUGCAUUUCCCAUGACACAAAACCGGGCUCUUCAGUUACUCUUUGACUUGCGAUAUCUGUAUAGUGUCUUGUCAGCCAGGAAUGAGGAAGGGAAGAGCAGCAGAAGCAGACAGGACACAAGAAUUCAGAAGUUGAUGGAUAUGCUGGAAAGCUACAUCGAUCCAUUUGACUUGGAUGUUUUUACUCCACACCUUAAUGCCAACCUUAAUCGGCUCUCGCAAAGGACUUCGGUUCUGUUUGGGCUGCUGACAGGUACAGAAAAGCACUACAUCAACAGAAGUUCAGCAUUCAGCUCUCAGGAAUCUCACAAUGUCUUACCACUGGCAUCAAGUCAAAUAAGAUUUGGUCUCCUACCUCUAAGUAUGUCAAGCUCUCGUAAAUCAAAGUCUGCCGAAAGGAGCAUAGAAGCAAGUAAACCUGAGGUUGUUGUACCCCAUGUUUCCCAGCCAACAGAGAAUGUCAAGCCAGGAUCUUUGUUUAAACAGUUAGUGUCACAAGAAGAUGAAGCUCCUACAACAUCUCUUUUCACACUGAGCUGGCUUUCUAGUAUGACAAAAUGAAUGCUGAGACUUUACAGGACUUUAAAUAAUCUAUGCAAAAUGUUCAUAUUCUUUGUUUUACCAAAUGUUAUAAUAAAACAUGUUUGUUAUAA